GUCGUUGAUGAUGUUCUGCACAUGUCUGAUAAUAUUCGCUGUUGACUAUCAUGUUUUCCCCUGGGCCUUUUCAAAGACGGAUACAUUCGGAUACUCUCUAAUGGAUCUCGGCGUGGGUUGCGUUAUCUUUUCUUCAGCCGUAGUGAGUCGCCACUCAAUGUUGAUGCUGCCCCUUCAACCUUUGAUAGCCCUGUAUCAUGCUUGGCCGGUUGUACUCCUAGGAGUGCUUCGAUUCAUAUCGACCACUACUAUGGGAUAUUACGUGCCCACAAGCGAAUAUGGUGUGCAUUGGAAUUUCUUCCUCACUAUAGCAGCCGUCCAGAUGUUUGCAUCCCUCGUACCCCAAAGACUGCCGACGACUUUGCUCCUAGCUAUGGCGCUAUUCAUAACAGGCUUCCAUCAGUACCUGCUCACCUCGCCAUCGAUCAACCUAGAAGACUUCGUGUUCUACGCGGAGAGGAUUGACUUUAUCUCGGCUAAUAAGGAGGGCAUCCUUGGUGUGCCGGGGUUCAUAGCAAUCCACCUAUUUGGAGUGGUUUCUGGCAGGCUGUUGUUCGCCCUCAAUUACUCGAAGAACAAAGCUGGCAGUAUAAUACUCAUGAUCGCCUAUGGUGUGCUGUUCUUCGGCACCUGCUACGGCUACACCUUCAUGACUGAUGACAUGGGCCUCCUUCCGAGCCGCCGACUUGUCAACAUGCCUUUCGUUUUAGCCACAACCUUUGGGAACUUAUAUGUGAUGGGCGUUGUAGCAGUUAUCGACUGUUUGCUGGCUCUNNNNUCAAUUAGGAAAUACUAUGCAAGGGAGAAGCAGUAG